CAACGAGGAGGGGCGGGAGCGGCGCAGAGGCCUCUGGGAAAUAGGAAGUCAGGAGCUCCUCUUGGCCACACCUCCGGCUCUCCCUGAGAGCUCUGAGCCGCUUCGCUCUCCCGCCCCUGCCCAGAGUCCUGCUGCCAGCCAAGGGGGAUCCUGGAGUCCCAGGGAAUGGCCUUUGAGAGGAACAGACUCCCAGCUCAGGGAUAGGGGAGCCCAAAAGGCAGCCAAACUAAGGGCCUUGUCAGAACGUGGCCUGAGGGAGGCCAAUAUCUGACCUUGUCAAACAGCCACUUCCUUGAGCCUCAAAGAAUUCCUCUGUCUUUGCACAGAUUCUCAUCAAUCCCAAAGGGAUUGAUUGUCUCCUUCACCUCGUGCUUCUUGGCACCGUACAGUGGUGCUUGUGUGAUCCCUUCUUCUGAAAUCAGAUUUAAUUAUUAAUAAAAGUUCCAUAAUAUGUAACAAUCAAUGGCAGGUUUCCAUCGUCUAAAUCUUUUUGUUAUUGAUAGGUAUUAGGACUAAUGGAUAUUGUAGACUUACCCUUCAAAAUCAAAAACAGUAAUACUGAUUACAUGUACUUUAAAUACAAAACAUAAGAAGAAAAUUCAAAUAUCCUAUUGCAAAUAAAAAGAAAAACAAUAAAAAAUUCAGAAAUUCAGUGUGUCAGCCAAAAUAAUGUUCAGCUUGUCUUUGGGCUUUUAUAAUGUUAUUAUCUCCAGUCCAGUCAUAGGAGGAGGUUACAGAUGAAGACAAUUGCAUGUGACAGGAUAUAGUUAAUCAGUGUUAAUAGAAGUUACCCAUUUUACAUGUCAGUAAUGAAUCCAUGACUCCUUUUCUCCAAUUUCGAUAGCUGUUAGAGUGGUUAACAGCACUUGAAAUGGACCUUGUAUUUAAAUUGCAUUACAGAGACUUCUUCACUAUUGGGAGGGGAAGCAACUGAAGCAGUUAACAUCAGUAAGGCAAUGGUGUCUGAAAAGGCUUAAAAUUCACCUCCAGACACUUUGAGGUUCCUUCCCCUCCGAGUACCAUCAUUCAUCUAGAUUUGUCUGAGCUCCCUUAUGCUGAGGGGGAUGUCCACCGUUAGUAUAAUGUGGAUGAACCCCAUUUUGGCAUUUUGGUGUGUGAGUCAUGAUUUGCCUCAUAAGAAUUAUUAUUUCUUUAAGAGUUUCUAUUGUUGUUAUUAUUUCUAAAAUUUAUGUUUUUAUAUAUCUAAUUCCAGUUCCUACAGUUUAUCAUUAUGUGACCCCUUUUUCAGCAAAAGUAACACAUUAGUGGUUGAUUUGUGGAUUCCUGCAAAAGGGCUGUGGCCACUCUUUGAUUUGCUUUACUUUGUCAAUUUUUUUCAGUUAAUGCUUUUAUUUCCUUCCUUAAUACUUCCACUAAGUCACUGUUGUCUUCACCUUUCUUUUCAUAUCGAUCAAAAAUGAGGGCAGUUGGGUGGUUCAGUGGAUUGAGAGUCAGGCCUAGAGAAGGGAGGUCCUAGGUUCAAAUCUGGCCUCAGACAUUUCCCAGCUGAGUGACCCUGGACAAGUCACUUAACCCCCAUUGUCUAGCCCUUACCUUUAGGCCUCAUUAAUAAGAGAGGGAACCUUAUGUCUUUCUCUUUCCAUUAGAAAGGCGUGGAGCAAACAUUUCAUGUGGGAUCAUAGGUGUAGUUAAUACUUUCCAGCUUUUUUUAUGACUACAAUGGGCUCAUCUUUAAAGGAAGGGGUAUUUACCUUGAAAAUCUCAAUAUUUUGUGGAGUGAAUGGAAAAAGUUGUUUCAUGGUCACUAUAUUCCCUCGUUUAUUAUGAGUGGGUAAUUCACUCGUGGGGAAUAGGCCUUUAAUUGAAUUAUCUUCGAUUACUGCUACUUGGCUUUUUGUUUGGGUUGCAAUGGAGUGAGUAAGGGGAUGGAGGGAGAGAUGGGUCGGGUAGGGGGAUAGGUAGUUUCGGUAGAGUGAGAGGUAGUUUCGGUAGAGCGAGAUAGUUUGAACAGCAUGAGGGAUGUAUCGAGCAGGCCAAGAGUUCGUUUGAGAGGUGGGUCGAACAAGAUGAGAAAUAGAUCCGGCAGGGCGAAGCGGAGACUGAGUAGGCUUAGAUAGUGAGGCCAUAAGGGGUGAUGAAUUUCCCUUCUGAGUCUUAAGAUCACUCAAGCUAUCUUUCAGUUGUUUUUUCUUGGGGAGAAAUGGGUAAACUGCAAGGUAUCCCAUGAAUACAAUUAUACCCAGAAACAGUAAUAAACAAAGAAAAUGUAAAAUUGUGAGCUGUGCGAGCUUGAUAAUGCUCUCCGGGAGCUGGAACUGUUUGAAUUAGGCAGGAAACUGCUCUCUAACAAUAUGAGCCAUACUUUUCAGUACCAUACUCAGUCACCUAUUUAUUUUUUUAAUCUAAUUAUUGGAUUGCCUGUAAUUCUACUUCCUGGGUUUAGGAGGCACUACCCUAGUGUGGAGUAGCUGGGGGAUAGAGUCUCAGGAGGCCAGAAGGCUAGAGAGAAGAGUGUUUUCAAGACUUUAAAGGAAAAAAUGGUGUAGAUAUAGACAUGCCCUAAUUUGCUUUUGUAAUGAGGGCCUAGAAAACCUUAGCUUGAGGCUAAAUUUGGGAGGGAAAGCAAGAAAAAGAAAAAGCUUUCUAUUUUAGGCAAAACAAAACACUUUCUUGUAGGUGGAACCCUCAGGGUAAAGCCUGAAUUUAGAGAAGAGGAUGUGAGAAGUUUUUUCUCUUCCCCUGCCCCCAGGAGUAAAAACACCAGUUGCCAUGUGCUUCCUCAGCCUGGGAGAGCAAAAGGCUUGGGUGGAGAGCACAGGCUGUGGGCUGCUGGGAGGUUUCCUUAGUAGGGUCUGCAGGCUUUUCUGGGUUAAGGGAGAAGUUUUAGAUAUCUUUACUGCUGCUCUCCCUAGUGUUCCACAUCCCCACCCCACUCAGGCUAAUUCUAGAGGCACAUGGGGGCUCAGGAAGGGCGUUAAAGAAAGAGCAGCCUCCCAGGAGCAAGAUAAAGCUAAACUUGUUAAUUUAGUCCAAUAAUUAACACCUUCUGACAAUAAAAAACAAAUCUCGACUGAACUUAUUAACUUCCUGCAGUACUCUUGAAUUCUGGGUUUCCGGGUACUAGCUUGUGGGGGCAGGGUAGCCUCCCCAGGAGGCAAGGAGUGGGGAGGGGGUGGAAGCAUACCACCAGGAGAAGCCCUGAGGGAAUUGACUAUUGCUAAAAUAACACCCAGCUUACCAGUGUAAAAAUAAAAUUAAUCUACAAUAAUUUCAAAUAUUAUAUAUUUUAAGAUUUAUUAAUGAUCACUAGAAGUUACAAAAUAAAAAGGUAACAAAAUAAAACCUCGUGCCCAUGGCUAAUCCACUGUUCAAACAGCCUGCUCCACCAAUGUCCUGACCCAGCAAGGGAAGAGAGCUAGGCACAGAAGAUCACCAUAUUUAUCCCCUAUCUAUGUAAGCACAUAAUGAUGGGAAGUCAGUGGGAUCCUGGGAAAUGUAGUUCAGAGGCACAAGAUUUGCAAGCAUUCCGCCAUCCUCAGUUAAAGAAGUGGGGAGGGGGUAGGACUUUCCUAUCCACGAAGGAAACAGACCAACACAGCUAUAACUUCUGGCUAAUCUGCCCUUUUGUGUAUCUUGCUCUACCAACUUAGAGCAGAGUAAUAAUUCUGAACUGUAGAACUUAGCCAUUAAUGAACUGACUUGAGGAUAGUUUUAGAGAGAGUAAAAAGUGAAGAAAAUUGAAGAAGAUUGAGGGUAUUCGUCAAACCUUUGUCGUCUGCCAAUAAUGCAAAGAUUAAAAUGUGUUUGACAAAUAUAAGAAUUUUAAAAAUUGUUGUGGUUGUCAUUUAUAAAAAUUCACUCUUAAGUCAUGAGGCUGUUAGCAGGUUUUAGUAGCUUUAGUCUAGCAAAGUAGAGAUAGUAAGAGAGGGAAAUGUAGAAAAUAUUGUCUAUCUAAAAUACCCUCAGUCCAGAUCCUCAUACCUCCAGACUGCAAAUACAGAUCCGAAUGCGAAUCUCACCAGGCAAUGAGAGUGUCUCCAAAGCCAAAGAGUCUGAGCUACAGCACCAAAGACCUCGAUGAUCUUGAGUGCACAAAAGGCAAAAGACCUUCAUGCUCAACAGAGGGUCCCGCCUGCCCCGAGAGAGAGCCCUGAGUGCUCUUGAGGUCCCUCUUAUAUGCAAUUUUCUUCACCCAUCAGCUCUCUUUGUCACAUCUCAGGAAUGAAUAAAAACCUCCCAAUUUGCCUGACACUGCCUGAGAGGGGCAGUGCUUAUGGUCUUUGGGGGUGUGAACUUUUUCUAAUAAAAGGUUCUUACUAAGUGUGAAAGGAAAGACACUCCAAUUUCUGGGUUAAGUUAAAAUAGACAAAGAGUUUAAAUUCUCCUUCACACCUUGAUCCAGACCUAUUUCCACAUUAUUACUAUUUGCAACAGAGUGAUCAUUUAGAGUCUACAUCCCCAAUCCUAUCCCCAUCAAACCAUGUGAUCAAGCAGUUGUUUUCCUUCCAUGUUUCUGCUCCCACAGUUCUUUCAGAAUUGUCCUGGGGCAUUGCAUUACUGCUAGUAGAGAAGUCAGUUACAUUCAAUUGUGCUACAGUGUAUCCGUCUCUGUGUACAAUGUUCUUCUGCUCCUCUCACUCUGCAUCACUUCCUGGAGGUCGUCCCAGUUCACAUGGAAUCCCUCCAGUUCAUCACUCCUUUGAGCACAAUAGUAUUCCAUCCCCAACAGACACCACAAUGUGUUCGGCCAUUCCCCAAUUAAAAGAAGACCAUUGACUCCUUCAUCUUUGCUCUCUAGGGAUCCUGUCUUUGCUGUCUCUACUUGCCUAAGCAACAGACACAUAUAUGCACCCCCUCUUCCUGUUUCUUUUGGCCAAGCUGUUCCCUCUUGAGACUUGUCUGGAGCAGAGCCUGAGGGUGUCCCCUGGUCUGUGGUCCUCCAAGACUUCCUAGGCCUCUCCGACUCUGUUCUCUUUACCGCUUCCUAAGCUGAGUCAGCGAAUCAAACACUCUUGUCCAUGCCCACACAAAGAAAGGGAGAAACACUGGCCACGCUCCUGGCCCCCAAGGUCUGGCCAAGGAGACCCAUCAACAGUUGUGUCCAAACAAGUAUGAUGGAGGGAGGCAUUCUGGGAGGGGAAGGCUCUCAGGGUUCUGGGGACCACAGAAAUCAUUGGUUCCCAAGGGGAGGAUUUAGCCCAGACAUGAAGGAAGCUCAGGGGCCAGAGGGAGGAGGGAGAGCAUUCCCUGCAGGGAUACAGACAGCCCCGGAAAAGGCCUAAAAUCAGACAAUAGAAGGUGUCAGCCAUUGUCCCUGGGUCAGAGGAAGAGGAAGCUGUGAAGAGAUAGAAAGGGGCUUGAAGGUCAUUAUAUGCCAUUGGAUCCUGCUGUAGGAAUGGUCAGGGUCCUUGCUAGUGGCAGCCAGAAUCGGGCAGCUGGGGAUGCACCCAGAGCACUCCUGUGGCUUUUGUAUCCACUCCAGAGUGUGGCCCCAUCACUACCCUUUUGCUACUGAGCUCCCUAACCCAAAGUCUGAGGAGUUUGGGGUGAGAUCAGGAAGGGCCCUUAUAUAGAAAUGGACAAAAAUGGGGCCUUUUUCUCAAAAGAGUAGCUUCAAGUAUUCUUCAGCAUAGCUAUUUGUACCAGACCCAGGAGCUGGGUGCAUUGCUUCUCUAUUCAGUAGAAUUCCUUACUGGUCCAGUCCUUCCCCUGUUGGACAGGCCGAAGAGAAGGGGAUGCAUUCCGGAAGUUUUCUUUUCAAAUACAGUUAGGGAGGUCCUGAAGGAGAUUUACUGGACGUGUCAGAAUGGAAUCCAGCUCAACUUCAAAAGAUGGGGAUACAGACAAACUGGAGAGCUUAAUGUUCUCCUAAAAAUCUGCUUUCAACAGUCUACAUAAUAACCCUCUGAGGUCAGUGUUCUUAAAUUUAUUAUUUCACAGUUGCAGAAACUGAGGCAAACAGAGAUUAAGUGACUUUUCAGUCAUGUAGCAUGUAAGGGUAUGAGGCAGGAUUAGAAAUCAGAUUCUCAUGAAUUUCCACGAUUUUAUAACUCUACUAUUAACAACAUUUGUGCGCCUACCUUCCCACAACUCCCUCCAACACCUAUGGUUUCCCAGUUGUUGUUUGUUUCCUUUUUUGGCAAUUUGUAGAGUAUAUGAGUUGAAGCCUCAGCCCUCUUUUAGUUCACAUUUCUAUUCAUGAGUGACUUAGACCAUUUUCCAUAUGGUAUUUCUUUUGAAAAUUCUUUAUUCAGAUCCUUUGACUGUCUAGUGGAGAAUGGCUCUUGGUCCUGGGUUUUCAACUUCUCCUGGAUAUAAGACCCUUUUCAGAGAAAUUGGAUCCCAAAGUUUUUCUCAUUCACCCAAUCGCUUAUCUUGGAUGCAUGGAUGCUGUCUGUGCAGGAGUCUUUCUGUUUUAAGUAAUCAAACUUCUCCAUUUUUUUGGAAAAUUGCCUCUAUUUUGAAUUCAGCUAAGAGUUUGUGUCCCAGAACUGCAGUUUUUAAAUUAAAGAGCUAAAAUGUAUUUCUUAUUAUUCGUAACUAAAUAACUUCAAAGCAAUGCAUUUAUAGUAUGGUAUAAUUUUGUGUCCAGCAAAGAUUCUUAACUUUUUUUGUGAGAUUACAAGAUGCCUUUUAUAGUCUAAGUAUCCCUUCUUAGAACAAUUUUGUUUUUAAAUGCAUACAAUUCAUAGGAUUGAAAAGGAAACCAAAUAUAGUUAUCCACAAAAAUAUUUUAAUAAACUCAUGAUGCCCAGGUUAACAAUCCUGGAUCUAAAUCAGCCUCAAGAUAUGCUAUUUGAGGUUUUUUGAGGGUACAUUUGACAACUCCUACAUCCCUGUGAGAUGAGGUACCUUCUCGUGCCUGUCAAAUUGGCCAAUGUACCAGAAAAAGAAAAUGAUCAGUUUGGAGAUGUAUGAAAUCUGGGCCACUCAUGCCCUAUUGGUGGAGUUGUAAAUUGAUUGACCAUUUGGAGGAGCUAUUUGGGACUCUGCCCAAAAGGCUUUCAAACUGUGCUUACACUUUGACCUAGUUAUAUAACCCCAAGAGGGGAAAUGAACUUAUUUAUACAAAGAUAUUUAUAUAGCAGAUUGUUUUGUGGUAGCAAAGAUUUGGAAAUAGAGGGAUAUUUGUUCAUUGUAGAAUGGCUGAUCAAGUUCUGGUAUAUGAUUAUAAUGUAACCCUUUUGGGCUAUGAGAAAUAACAGUCAGGAUUAUUUCAGAGAAACCUAGGAAGACUUCCAUGAACUAAUGCAAAGUAUGAGCAGAAGCAGGAGAACAUUUUCUACAUAACUCUGAAGAUAGGAUUAACUCUCCCCUUGUCUAUUUUUAGCUAAUCAAACCAAGAACUUAAAGUACCCCUACUUACCAUUAAGUGUGAGAAUUUACAAGUCACUUACUAGAGUAAGCUCAUACCUCCAAAGGUCACUACCCCCCUCCAUCCCCUCCCCCAAUGAUAAGCAAAUUGAGAGACUGCCAUUGGUUUUUCUGAGGAAAAGGGAAGGACAGCAUGUGGGGAGAAAAAAAGCAUAAAAGAAGCAAGCAACAUGAUCUAGCAUUCAUUCCCUUCCUGGCGUUUGGAGAAAUUGGUUCUGGAGAUUCCUUUCCUGGCUUGAAGGAGACUUUUUCCCUGGAUCCUGUGUUGGCCUGCUAGGUGAGUGGCUGAGAUUCCUACCUUUGGAGGAGGCUGUGUAGGUGGAACCCUGGCUGAAGACAUCACCUUCUGGAUGAGGAUUACCGGGAAAUCUACAUGGAGACAGAAUCCCCUAUUGGGCCUGAGCCAAAUUUCACUGGAGAAAGGCUGGUAGACUUGUUAGGAAUCUUUCUCUUUAUCUCCAUUUACACUUUCACUCUUCCCUCCUCCUCUUUGUAAAUAAAAGCUACUAAAAGUCAUUUAGACUUAAGCUAUAAUAGUUUAAAAUCAGCCACCACAAUAUUACUUUAUAACUCAUAUUUAGUAUAAAACCUAAAUUUAAACCUUAGAACAGCAACACUCUAUGGUCAGUACCUCUCAACAACUCGUCUAUUCUCAGCAAUAAUACAGUGUUCUAAGACAAUCUCAAAGGACUUAUGACGAGGAAAGCAUCUGCUUGCACAGAAAGAACUGAUGGACUUUGCAUUCAGACCAAAACAUAUUUCCUUUUUUUAAAUUUGAGAUUUCUUCCACAAAAUGACUAAUAUGGAAAAAUAUUUUACCUGAUUGCAUGUAUAAAGAAAGUCUAGAUCAGAUUGCCUGAGAUGGGGGAAGAGAGGGAGAGAUUGAAUUUUGUAAAAAUUAAAAUCUCAAUACUUAAAAAAUACUAUAUUUUAAGAGAUUUAUUAAUGAUCAUUAGAAAUAAAGGAAUAAAAAGGUAAGAAAAUAAAAACCACAUGCCCAUGGCUAAUCAACCUGUUGAAAACCCUUGCUUACCACCACAGUCUCGACCCAGGAAACAAAGAGAGACCAGGAACCCCACCCAAUAUAUCGCCUGUCUACAGGAAGUGCGUUAAGGACAGGAAGUCAGUGGGCUCCUGUGAAUGUAGUUUGUAGGGUAACAGGUUUCUAAUUAUUCAAUGUACAACUCAAUUCUUAAAAAAAGAAUUUUUUUUUACAUUUCAUCGAGGAGAAAAUAAAGUAUUGCACUAAGUACUUAUCCCUGUAGCUGUGAGAUAUAUAUGAGCUGUUUCUCUUCUAAUUUCUUAUAGUAUGAUCUUUAAUAAUGUCCUUAUAGAAUAUGUAGUAGAGUGUGGUGUAGGCUUACGGUCUAAGCCUCAUUUCCUUCCAGAGGCCAUUCCAGUUUUCUUAGCAUUUUUUUCCAAAUAAGGAAUUUCCCCCCAAAUAGCUUGUUUGCCACUUUCUCAGACAUGGAGUUAUUUAUUGCUGACUCUCCUUUCUUCUUUUGUUGAGAUUUUAUUCAGCCCUGUCACAUAUCCCCUUCAUCAUGUCACGAGAGAGUGAAUUACAUUUUUUCCUUCUGGAUUUAAUGCUUGUAUUUUCUACUCUUGAGAAUUCUGUUCAACCUGAAACCUCUUCUCUGUGGUUUGACUGGAGAAGCUUAUGUGUUUGGAACUCCCCCUCUCUGAGGAGAGAUGCCGAGGCUGACAUUGCCACUGUUUCAAGGAAAACUCUAUUCCCAGUAUUCUUCUGAAGCAUUUCUUGUAGGGUGUGUGAAGAAGCUGGGACAACCCGACCUUGUGCCAUCUACUAAACUGAUUCCCUCUUGUGAAGGAAGGGAUGCGUUUAGGGCAGCAAGGGGGGAAUUGUGAAAACACUCUCCAUCUUGUGACUCAGUGCUGGAACUGGCUCGGUUCCCUUUCUGUUCAGUUGUGUGCCGCCUCCUCCACAUUCUGUCUCAGGAGGAAGGUUUAUUCAAUCUGGAGUAUUGGGAGAAAGCCAAAUUACAUUAUUUGAACCUGCCUGUCUGGGAAACUGCUGUUUAGAGACCCCCACCUUAGGCCUGAGGUUAGGUUGACCAGAAACACAGUCAGAUCCUGAAGCUUGAUGGAAGGAGUUUUCUCCUCAUUCUACAUCUCAGGCAUUUGAUGUAUCUAAUCUGCAAUAUGGGCCCACAUCGAUCACUCCAUUAUUGUUUCCAUGUUCCUUUGAUUGUUUACACAUAUUGGGAAGGAGUGGGGCCCCUUUUCAUGGAACUUCAUCUGCUCUUCUCCCCCCUCCCAACUUGGCGAGUCCCUAAUCCUUUUUGCAAUUGGAAAGCAGAUGACCCAGUAUUGAAUUGUUUCCUCUUCAUUCAUCUCUUUUAAGGUAGAUAGAUGGAAAAGGCCCCUCUUCUUCCCUCACUUACCUUUUAUUUUGCCCAGCUCCUCCCUCUGUGGCAAUGUUGCACUGGCUCGGGCUCUUUGAUGCUAGAGACACUUACAGUGAAACCGGCUGCACUGGGACACAGGGACAGGGUGUCAGACACGUGGCUCUGUGACACCUGUGUCCCACCGCUGGGUUCAAAGCUGGAAUGGAAGUCCCCUAGAUAUUUUGUUUCACACAAUAGUUAGAGCCUCCACAGAGGCAUUCCAGAGAAUCCUGGAGCCGCUCUUCUCAACCUUCCAUUGGGUUCUUACAGACUCAGCUUCAAGUGCUGACCCUGACACUGACAAAGGGUGACACCUUUGGGCCCCUCCCUUCUCUGUAUGUCAGUUUCCUCCUGUAACUGACCAUCCUGGGCUCUUAAAGACUCAGCUUCUAGUGCUGACUCUGACACUGACAAUGGGUGGGACUAUGGGCCCCUGCCUUCUUUGGGUGUCAGUUUCCUCCUGUAACUGACCAGAGGUGGGCUCUUCAUUGUGAUGUGACUUUCAGCCUUCUGUGCUCUGACUUGGGCUGCUCUAGGAGAUGGUGACGUUCCAGGAUGUGGCUGUGGACUUCACACGGGAGGAGUGGUGCCUCUUGUCCCCUCCCCAGAAGGAGCUGUACAAGGAGGUGAUGCUGGAGAAUGCCUGGAACCUGCUCUCUGUGGGGCUUCCAGCUCUCCCAGAAGAUGUGAUCUCUUAUUUGGAGCAGAGGGAAGCCCCAUGGAUGCUGGAGCGAGAAGGUCCGAGGAGCUGCUGCCCAGGAGAGAUCCUACUGGAAAUGAAGGUGACUCCAGAAGAUAUGAGCCUUUCUGUGGAAGAAAUGGACAAAGAAAGACUCAUCAGUGAUAUUCCAGGUAACAUAGCUUGGAGAGAAUUCUGUGUUGAAUCUCAAACUUCAUCCCAUACUGAAUAUCAAAGAAUGAAUUCUGAGGAAAAGUCUAGUGAAUGCAGGCAAUGUGGAAAGAUAUUCAGUCUGAGAUCCAGUCUUGCUCAGCAUCAGAGAAUCCAUACUAGGGAGAGACCUUAUCAAUGCAAGGAAUGUGGAAAAGCAUUCACUCUGAGAUCCAGUCUUGCUCAGCAUCAGAGAAUCCACACUGGGGAGAAACCCUAUGAAUGCAAACAAUGUGGAAAGACAUUCACAGAGUACUCCACUCUUGCUGUACAUCAGAGAAUCCACACUGGAGAGAAACCCUAUGAAUGUAAGCAAUGUGGAAAGACAUUCAGAGUAAGAUCUAGUCUUGCUCAGCAUCAGAGAAUCCACACUGGGGAGAAACCUUAUGAAUGCAAGCAAUGUGGAAAGACAUUCACAGAGUGCUCCACUCUUUCUGUACAUCAGAGAAUCCACACUGGAGAGAAACCCUAUGAAUGUAAGCAAUGUGGAAAGACAUUCAGAGUGAGAUCUAGUCUUGCUCAGCAUCACAGAAUCCACACUGGGGAGAAACCUUAUGAAUGCAAGCAAUGUGGAAAGUCAUUCAGACUGAGAUCCAAACUUGCUCAGCAUCACAGAAUCCAUACUGGGGAGAAACCUUAUGAAUGUAAUCAAUGUGGAAAGUCAUUCAGACUGAGAUCCAGUCUUGCUGAACAUCAGAGAAUCCACACUGGGGAGAAACCUUAUGAAUGCAAGCAAUGUGGAAAGACAUUCACAGAAUGCUCCACUCUUGCUGUACAUCAGAGAAUCCACACUGGAGAAAAACCUUAUGAAUGUAAGCAAUGUGGAAAGACAUUCAGAGUGAGAUCUAGUCUUGCUCAGCAUCACAGAAUCCACACUGGGGAGAGACCUUAUGAAUGUAAGCAGUGUGGAAAGACAUUCAGAGUGAGAUCCAGUCUUGCUCGACAUCAGAGAAUCCACACUGGGGAGAAACCUUAUGAAUGUAAGCAAUGUGGAAAGUCAUUCAGUCAGAGCUCCCAUCUUACUGGACAUCAGAGAAAUCAUAGACUUUCACACUGAACUCUUAAAUUUCUCUAAAUGACAUUUCACUAGUAUGUCACAAGCUCUACUUAGAUUAGGUCCAAAUGGACAUGAUUUAGACCUAAAGUGUGAUGCCAUUAGCAAAUUAAGGGAGCAUAGAAUCAUUUGCCUUUGAAAUCAAUUUAUUUACAAGGGAAGAAUUUGUGACCAAAUUAAAAGUACACAACAUGAGUUGCAUCAUGGAUUUUUGUUGUCUUAAGUUCAAAACUGUAAAAACAAAGAGUACCAAAAAAUUAAAAGGGGAAACAACAAGCUAUCAUUUGCUUUAAAACAAGAUGUUCAACUGUGUGAAGGGAACCCUCUCCCAGGAUCGUGCAUGGGAUCUUACCUGCAUCCCAAAGUCCAAGCAACAGUCAUCUUGUUUGGGUCAUGUGACUGUGUGUGAACCAAACAUGAUUGAAGGGGACCUUCUGGAAGGGCGAGGGAGGAAAAAAGGUUGAAGACCAGGAAGUAGGGUCUCUUUCUGGAGUUAACUGUGAUGGGGAAGGUGGCUAAGGGAACCAUGUGGAGAGCACCCAAAUGGCUAAAACACUUUUCUCUUUAGUCCUCUACCUCUCCCUAUCAAAGUAGACCCUAAUAAAAUUAAUGAAAAAUAAA